GAGCUUAAAAUGUCGCAUGCGUUCGUAUCAAUUUGUCGUAGUAUUUUUCGACAGUAAUUUUAUCAAAAUUUCUGUAGAUCAUGUCCGGCAAACUGCUUAAAAUGUCAGUUUUUAGCAGGCCAACCACCACUGGCUUUCACACAAACCAAAGGAUAUUCCGACUGGUGGACGAUGCCCUUAUUCUGGUUGGCAAACCGAUCUUCGAAUUCAAGCAGCAUCGAAGGUUUUUUUGGGACUUUAAAAAAAGGGAGAUCCCUGUUCGGCAACAAGUUCCGCGGAUCCAAAAGGUUCGUUAUCCGGGAGCCAAGGAAAAUCCUUUUCGUAGAAAGCCGGACUGUCUGCCCAGAAAAAAUGAAGUUCUCGAGCCCAUUCGCAUUCAGCCGCCUCGGAAUUCAAUGUGUUUUUCAGUAGUUCGAUUGUUUAGUAGCUCUGGCCCAAGUGGAGGAUCUGGGGACCAGCCGGAAGAUCGCGAGGGAAAACUUAUUAAGUUCCCAGGGGGAUCAAGUUCUGAAAAACCGCAAGCAGGGAAAGUUGAAAUCUCAAAAAAAGAAGCGCUAACUUCUGACUCAGAAAAAUCAACUACGAAGGAAUCUAGUGAAUCAGAUAUUGUAUCAGAGAUAUCAGGAAACCUAUCGAAUAAGGACUCAACUUCUGAUACACAACUCACAAAAGCUUUGGAUAAGUCAGGAAAAGGCUGCAAAGAUGAUGAACUAAAUAAAGUUAUGCUUAAAGAUUCGAUCAACUUGUCAGUUGGUAAGGAUUCCAGUGAUCCCAUCGGAAUCCAGUCUCAGCCUCCCGAGACAAGUCAAAGUGCCAGCAAAUCUCCAAGUGGAGGUAAGCCACCCACCAAACCUCCUUCAGGACCCACUCCUCCACCUAAACCGCCGGCAAAAAAAUCAAAGACAGAUCAAAAAGGAGCCCAACCUCCAAAUAAAGCAGCAGCAGGAGGUAGUUCUCCCAAUAAGCCACCCACUAGUGCUCCCAGUAAACCACCAACUGCCGCUAAGCCUCCCAAUAAACCACCCACUGAUGCUAAAUCUCCCAGUAAACCACCUGCUCCCAGCAAAGCUCCACCUGCAAGUAAGGCUCCAAGUAAAUCCCCCAGUCCGGCUCCAACCGCUGGCAAUCCUCCCAGUAAACCUCCAACUAAGCCACCUGGCAAGUCUCCAACUGGAGGUCAACCACCCAGCGGAGCUACAGGUGCACCCAGAGUAAUCACCUUGAUGCCCGGCGAUGGCAUUGGACCGGAGAUAUCGAUGGCCGUGAUUAAAAUCCUCGAGGCUGCCAAGGCACCUCUGGUUUUCGAGCCCGUGGACGUGACCCCUGUGAUGGAUAAGCGAGGACAGACUUCGGUGCCUGAGGCGGUGAUCGAGAGCAUGAACCGCACGAAGGUGGGCCUCAAGGGACCCCUGAUGACCCCAGUGGGUGGUGGCUUCCGCUCCCUGAACCUCACUCUCCGCCAGCUCUUCAAUCUCUACGCCAACGUUCGACCCUGUCGAUCUCUUCCCGGAGUGGAGACCAUUUACGGGGAUGUGGACAUAGUGACCAUUCGCGAGAACACCGAAGGCGAGUACUCCGGCAUAGAACACACUCUGGUCAGCGGAGUGGUGCAGAGCAUCAAGCUGAUCACCCGGAACGCCUCACUCCGGGUGGCCGAGUACGCCUUCCAGUACGCUUUGGAAAUGAAGAGGAAGAAGGUUACGGCCGUGGCCGAAAUGUAUGUGAUGCGGAUGUCGGAUGGGCUGUUCCUGCGAUGUGUUCGGGAAAUGGCCGAGAAGUACAAGAGCCAAAUGGAAAAGGCUGGCAUUGUUUACGAGGAGUCGAACAUGACCACCGUCUGUUUGAAUAUCGUGCAGGACCCAAAGCGAUACGAUGUGCUGGUCCUGCCCAAUCUGUACGGAGAUAUCAUUUCGGACACGUGUGCCGGAUUGAUCGGAGGAUUGGGUCUGACGCCCUCGGGAAACGUGGGCACCGAAGGCGCCAUUUUCGAGUCGGUGCAUGGAACGGCUCCGGAUAUUGCCGGCAAGGACUUGGCCAAUCCCACGGCCUUGCUGCUAUCCUCCGUGAUGAUGUUGCACUACAUUGGGUUGCACGAGCAGGCGGACAACAUAGAACAGGCCGCGCUGAAGACCAUCAGAGAUGAUAAUAUACGAACCAUGGACUUGGGCGGCAAGGCAAAGUGCUCCGAGUUCACCGAUGCUCUAAUCAAAAACCUAAAGUAACUUGGGAUCAAGUGAUUCUAUUCGGACAAAUCUUAGUUAGCUUUUACUUUGUACAAAUAAAAUUCAAGUUGUCUAUUCAAUGAUUAA